GAUAUAAAAUGUGUUUUAGUUUCUGAUUUUGAGAAAGUUUGUCGUAUUUGCAUGAAAUUUGAUAAAACAUUUUUGUCAAUUAAUUCGUUUAAAAUAAUUGAUAUGAUAAUAGCAUGUGCUUCUGUACAGAUUUGGGAAAAUGAUGAUCUACCAAAUCAAAUAUGUAACGGAUGUUUUCUUCAACUACAAAAUACCAUUAAUUUUAAGCAGUUAUGUGAAAAUUCAGACAACGCAUUUCGUCAAAUUAUUGCCCAGAAUGGUAGUAAUUUAUGGAUUAAAGAAAAUAAUUUGAAUCAAGUAAAAAAUGAAGAAAAUGAUGGUCUAAAUUAUCCAAUUUACAUUAAACAAGAGGAUGAUGAUGAAAAUAUUACAAAUGAAGAUACCAAAAAAUCAACAGAGAACAGUAUUGAAGAAACCGUGGAAAUUAAAAAAGAAGAUAAAUCAGAAUCGAAUAGAAUAAAAACUAGAAAGAAGAAAGUUAUACAUUAUAAAUCCGAAGAGGAAAGUGAUAGUUAUGAAAAUGUUAAUGGUGAUAAUGAUUCUAGUUAUGAUAGUGAAAAUGAAAAGUUAUCCGAUCUAAGACAGCAAUUACCAGAAAUAAAUGAAUACAAAUGUGAAACAUGUUCUAAAACAUUUAAAAAAGUCGAUGCUCUUGGUUGGCAUAAUAGAAAAACACAUAAAGCAGCGGGUCUGAAAUGUGGACGAUGUUCAAUGGUUUGCUAUCAUCUGUUACAUUUACGUGCUCAUGAAAAGUCUCAUAACAAGUGUCGUAUUUGUCAUUUAAGAUUUUCAACACGAAAAAAAUUAAUUCAACACAGAUUAACACAUGCAGACGAUGACAUACCCGAAGUAACUUGUGAGCUGUGUUCAUCAAAACUAGCAAAUCGGAAUAGUUUGUACAAACACAUGCGAUUUGUUCAUAAUCAAGAAAAACUCUUUAAGAAAACACCACAAUGUGAAACGUGCCAAGAAAUAUUUCAAAAUAAGCGGAUUUUAGAAAAACAUGUUCGUAAAAUGCAUCCAAAAAAGAAGACACCAAAAGAAAAGAGCAAGUACAAAGAAGAGCUCGCAAAUUGUGAGGUUUGUGGUAAAACAGUACGUCGACGUAAUUUACGUCUGCAUAUGUUAUCACAUCGAGAAUAUGAUAAUGUUACUUGUCGAUAUUGUGAAAAAUCAUUCAUGUCACCGGAACUACUUACGGAACACGUGCAAGUUUCUCACAAGAAAUGUUUGUGUGAUCAUUGUGGACUUAGGUUGCGUUCCAAUCAACUAAAGAAACAUUUAUUAACGCAUACCAAGGAACGUCCUUAUGCUUGUGAUAAAUGCGAUAAAACUUAUCGUACGAACUUUCAAUUGAAAGAGCACGUAUCACGUGUUCAUUUGAAUGAACGUAAUUUUGUUUGUACGUUCUGUUCACAAGCAUUCUUUGAUAAGAAAAUCUUGCUAAAACAUGUGAUGCGACACACUGGAGAGAAACCAUUUAAAUGCCAAAUGUGUGAAAAAAGAUUUAUACAAAAAGUUGCUUUAGAUGUUCACAUGAAAACUCAUACGAAUUUGUUAUAAAAUGUAUACAAAGCAAGAAAAAUUAAAAAAUUGGGAUCGGAAGUCAAAUUGUUUUACUUUAAGAAAGGAUUAACUAGCCAUGAAUGAAUUUAAUUGUUGGCUCUUUUGAAGUACGCCAAGAUUGGGUGUUUACUGCUGGAGAGACCUUACAAGACAGUGCCGGCGCUGAUAAUGGAAGUUGAACUUUUCAAAACAAAGAUCUUAAAUAGUUCAAUGAAGAGUCAUGAGAAAUUACUUACCUUCAGGGGAGAAAAAACUUUAAGAAAGGGUUAACUAUUCGUGGCUGAUUUUAAUUGGUAGUUCUUAUUGUAGCUUCUUUGGAAGUACGGCAAAAGUAGGUAUCUAUUGCUAGAGAGAUCUUACAAGACAGUGCCGGUGCUGGAACUUUUCAAAAGAAAGAUAUUAAAUAAUUCGAUGAAGAGGCGUGAGAAAUUACUUGCCUUUAUAGAAGGAAAAUCGAGAGACACAAAAAUACUUCACCGUUUAAUAAUCCUAACGGUUUAAGCACCAAUGCCGAAGCUUGAAAAAAAAAACUCUUAAAGAAAGGGUUAACUCGGGGGGUCUCGGAUGAUUUUAAUCUUUAGCUUUUAUUGCAGCUUCUUUCGAAGUACGGCAAGUGUAGGUGUUCAUUGCUAGAGAGAUCUUACGAGACACUACAGGCGCUGAUAAUGGAAGUUGAACAUUUCAAAACUGAGAUAAUAAAUAGUUCUAUGAAGAUACUUUAGAAAUUUAUUCCUAAAGGGAUGAAAAAUCUGGAGAAAAUAAAAUAUUUGACCAUUUAAUAACCCUAGCGGUUUAAGAUCCACAACCGAAACUCUGACAAAACUCGUCUGACACUGAGGGUAUCGUUGAUGUUUAACCCGGCGUCAUUAUGGCGACAAAACAGUACAUAUCCGUUGUGGUUCGGGCUUAUUUAACCCAUGAAAAUUAUUGUGCAUUGAAUUAAUCUUAUAUCAAUAUUAGUUUUUUAUAUUAGGGAAAUAGAUAGUUAUAUACAUUAUUUAUUGAGGCUCAAUCGAAGCCUCAUCGACACUAAA